AUGAAUUGUAGACAACUACGGGAGAAGGAUAUUAUGCAGGCAGGGUGCAGUUUGCGAGAAGUCGACCUGACGGUCAAAUUGUCACUUCUGCCGUGUAACAAUCAUGCAAGGCACUGGAACUUGGCCUGGAAAGGCCGCAGACUGACUGCUGAAAACCCAACAAACGCGAAAGGGCUAUCCAUAGUUGUAGCAAAUGAACCGAAAAGUGCUGUUAUGAACAAGAAGUCCUGA